AUGGCGACCCUCUUACCCCCUCCGAGCAAGAAACAAAAACGAGAAAUCGCCGACAGGGCUCGCGAACAACAAGAAAUCGAAGUUAUUCCUCGAACUCUUGGCAGCGUUGUGCUUCAAUUUAUCGAUGAGUCUACCGGAACGCCCACCAAGGGUGAAAUCAAGGUCCCUGUUGCAAAUACUAGCGUGCGAGAGCUUGAGACCAUACUCAACACCAUUUUGAACAAUACGGAACAUGAUCGAGUGCCAUAUAGGUUUGCCUACAAAUCCGAACAGGAAGAUGGACCGACGGUCGAUAUCCUCUCCGAUCUAUACGACGCAUUGAUCAAACCCGGCUUGAAAACUACUGAAGAUGUCAUACGCCUCCAUUACACCCCGCAAGCUGUUUUCAAAGUGAAGGCAGUCUCAAGAUGCUCCGCCGCAAUAGCUGGACAUGGUUCUGCAAUCUUGGCUAUAGCGUUUUCUCCCGUUUCGUCGUCGACUAUGGUGACAGGCAGCGGCGACAAUACCGCUAGGAUAUUUGACUGCGAUACCGGUACACCGAUCGAAACUUUGAAAGGACACACAGAUUGGGUUUUGGCAGUAUCAUUUUCACCAAAUGGGCAAAUGAUAGCUACAGGAAGUAAAGAUAAAUCUGUGCGACUUUGGUCUUCAAACAAGGGAAAGCCAUUGGGUACACUCAAGGGUCAUAGUCGAUGGAUCAACAGUUUAUCGUGGGAACCAUACCAUACACAAGAGGACGGCCGACCGCGCCUGGCGUCUGCGUCCAAGGAUACAACAGUUAGGAUAUGGGAUGUUGUCAAUAAAAGAAUUGAAAUGGUUCUAAGCCAUAAGGACUCCGUGACUUGUGUGCGUUGGGGCGGUAUCGGGAAGAUCUAUACUGCGUCUUUGGACAAGACUGUUCGAGUUUGGUCUGCUAAAGACGGUACUUUGAUUACCGCGCUAAAUGCUCAUACACAUCGUGUCAAUCAUCUCGCUCUUUCGACUGACUUUGUGUUACGAACUGCUUUCCACGAUCAUACGCAUAAGAUUCCCGAAACAGAAGCUGAGAAGGUGGAGGUAGCGAAGAAGCGGUUCGAGAAGGCUGCUACUGUUCAGGGCAAAAUCACGGAGAGGCUUGUAUCAGCCAGUGACGAUUUUACGAUGUACCUUUGGGACCCAGAGAGCUCGACGAAACCUGUUGCAAGGAUGUUGGGUCAUCAGAAGGCAGUGAAUCACGUCACAUUUUCUCCUGAUGGGGCUUAUAUUGCAAGCGCUGCAUUUGAUAAUCACGUCAAGCUCUGGAAUGCUCGAGACGGAAAAUUCAUCAACACCCUUCGAGGCCAUGUAGCAGCAGUCUAUCAAUGCUGCUUCUCGGCAGACUCAAGGCUACUCGUUAGCUCAUCUCAAGAUAGCACACUCAAGAUAUUUGAUGUUCGCACAGGGAAGCUAGUCAUGGAUCUACCGGGCCAUGAGGAUCAAGUCUUUGCUGUAGACUGGUCACCAGAUGGGGAACGAGUGGGCAGUGGAGGUGCGGACAAAAAAGUUAGAAUAUGGCGACAUUGA